CAUUAGUGUGUUUUGAGUGUGUGCUGCUACCAAACACACAGACUAACACACACUCAAGUGGGACGGUCCAACACAACGCACGGGCUGUCAUUUCACCGCAGUUGUGUUGGGAUUGAGAGAGGAAACUAAGGAAAUACCGAAGAAGAAAAAGAAGGAAAAAGAGGAAAAAAGAAGACGAAGGUCUGAAACUUUUAAAGAUGGAAAAUCCGUCCACCAACAACCGGUUUCGGUCCACAAUCUUCAACCACGAUGAUGAGGACCAGGACAAGGAAUACGUGGGCUUUGCGACGCUGCCAAACCAGGUGCACCGUAAGUCAGUAAAGAAGGGAUUCGACUUCACGCUCAUGGUGGCAGGGGAGUCUGGCCUGGGAAAGUCCACCCUGGUCAACAGUCUCUUUCUCACAGAUCUUUACAAAGAUAGGAAGCUGCUCAAUGCUGAAGAGCGAAUAACACAAACAGUAGAAAUCACCAAACACACAGUGGAUAUAGAAGAGAAAGGUGUCAAACUGAAGCUCACCAUCGUCGACACACCCGGGUUUGGGGAUGCUGUAAACAACACUGAAUGCUGGAAGUCCGUGGCGGACUACAUCGACCAGCAGUUUGAGCAGUACUUCAGGGACGAGAGUGGCCUCAACCGGAAGAACAUCCAGGACAACCGCGUACACUGCUGCCUCUACUUUAUCUCACCCUUCGGUCAUGGCCUCAGGCCUUUGGAUGUGGAGUUUAUGAAAGCUCUACAUGAGAAAGUUAACAUCGUCCCCAUCCUGGCAAAAGCAGACACACUCACCCCUAAUGAGGUCAAGAAAAAGAAAAUCAAGAUCCGAGAGGAGAUCGAGCAGUACGGCAUCAAGAUCUACCAGUUCCCCGACUGUGACUCUGACGAGGACGAGGACUUCAAGCAGCAGGACCAUCAGCUGAAGGAAAGCAUCCCCUUCGCAGUGAUCGGCAGCAACACGGUGGUGGAGGCCAAAGGGAAGAGGGUGCGAGGCCGACUCUAUCCCUGGGGCAUCGUAGAGGUGGAGAACUCGGCCCACUGUGACUUUGUGAAGCUGAGGAAUAUGCUCGUCCGUACGCACAUGCAGGAUCUGAAGGACGUGACCCGGGAGACUCACUACGAAAACUACAGAGCUCACUGCAUCCAGAGCAUGACCCGCAUGGUGGUCAAGGAGCGCAACCGCAAUGGAACAGAAAUGAACAGGAGAACUGAGCAGACAUUUCAACAGCGUAAACUCACCAGAGAGAGCGGCACGGACUUCCCCAUCCCUACGGUGCCCGGAGUGGACGAUGAGACAGAAAAGCUCAUCCGAGAGAAAGACGAGGAGUUGCGGCAGAUGCAGGAGAUGCUGCAGAAGAUCCAGGAUCAGAUGCAAACUCAGAAAGACGGCUAUUAACACAGGACAGUGUCUCUCUGUAACUGGGAUGAAAAGAUUUAAGAAACACAGGAUACCUUUUGUCCCUUUUCAAGAACAUUGACUUCCCUCUCUGUCCACCCACCUCCACCUCGUCAGCAGCGACCUUCUCUCGGAUCAGGGACCUGCGAGGAGGCGGUGCGAUGUUCUCACGUCUGCAGCUUCCUUUAUCCUCUCUGACUUUACCACUGCUGCAAAACACUCCACCCUGUUCUUUCAAAAAAUAUAAUUUAAUGAUAAGGAUGGUUGAAGAGCAGCCUAUGCUGCGAUCUGAUUUUCCAAACAUCUGAUUUGUUAGCCACAUGAUCACAGGGUUGUUUUAUUACAUGAAGUCUGAUAUGAGGUUUACAUGUGGGGACCUGCUCAGAUUGUAAAGCACAGAUUUCUGGUGCAAGUGUUUAUUUCUAUUAUCUAUAGGUCAACAUGCAUACUAUUAAUAAUUUAAUUUUCUAUAUGAAACUCAGAAAGAUUUUUCUUCAAUGUGUUCCUGGUUUUAUUUGGACUUCACUGCCUGAUAGUACGUAUGGUUGAUUGUUUUAUGUUCAUUUCCCUUCAGCUGAGGUUCCUGAUUAUUCAUUUGUUAAGAUUCAUUUUGAUUUAGUGUAAGUGUCUGCAUGUUUAUCAUUGGUGCCACCUCUGCUGCCUGACAUCAUGGAUGCUCAACGAUGGCCAGUCUUAACGCACUGCAACGCUAACUUAUUGCCAUAUCAACGUUAAAAUAAUCUCACUUUUUACAUGACAAAUUAGUCCUUUAUUGUUUGGAGAAUUCCCCCAAAACAGAGUUGUUUCAAAGUGAUUUUCUCUCCUGAUAAAACCACCAACUGUUCACAUGUGAGAGCUGAUGAUAGGACUUUGAAUAUUAGGCUUGCAUGAGAAGGGCCAUGCAGUGUAUUUAUUUGUGCAUGUGUGUGAAGGUUUCUCUGAUUGCAGAUCAAUUUAGUGAUCAUAAGGUUAUUUAUGGGCAAUGAAAAAUAUGUAGCUACUUAGUUGUUGUUGAUAUUGAAAAGAGGUGGAUUUUUUUUUUGUCUUCCGUUUGGUAUAAUUUUGUGAAGGGAACUCAUGAGUUGUGUGCUAACCUUAAUGUUUAUCGUAUAACCAAAGCCACAAUGACCAACUUCAUUUUCCAACAUUGAUUUUUGUUUUGUGUUGACAUGAAGAAUAGGACUUGUCAAAGCCAAGAGUAAUGAACACAUGUAUUGGAUGAACUUGAUUCUCUUGUUAUAUGUACUGUUGUUACCCCUUUUUUGGAAAUUAGUUAACUCCGCCAUGUUGCGUGACCUUUGUUAUGUAAAAAAAGAAUUACAUUCCUCGAAUUCUGUCCCAGAGUCAGGUAUUGCUAUUGUUUCUGAAUUUGUUUUAUAUUAAAUUUGUCUUUUGUUA